AUGGCUUAAUAAAUGCCUGUGUGUGCUUUGUUUUGUCUGCUCGAUUGUUUGUCAGAACUAGAAAGUUCUACCCACUCGGCACGUUUGCCCUAGCUGAAGGCAACGUGAUCUAAAAGGUUGAAAAUUAUUAGCAAAGAUGCCUAAGGUAGACAAAAUAGUGUCACACCCGUCCCUUGAAGGAAGAAAGUGCUUGAUUUGAAAUUCUGCGCAUGCGCGCAUGCCACCUGUAGUUCGCAAACUCGAAAGUCUUUCGCCAAAGAGAAUGUUGUUCUCUUUCCCACGUCGGAAAUAGGAUGACUUUGUAAUUAAAAGGAAUGUAGACAAGAAAUCCAUCUUCAAACUUGCACCGUUUUUGCUACAAAUCGAGGAGUGAUCGGUGUACAUCGUCUGAAUACGCAGUGUCAUUGACAACUUUGGAUAAAUCUUAACUGAGUAUACUUCCCAUCGGCAUCGAUUUAAACGCUGAAGAAGCAGUAGGGACGAGACGGCCAACCGAGCGUGAGUCGAGUCGAGCUGAAGUGACAGACGCUCCGCUCAAUUAAAAUACUGCGGGGAGGUUUUAUGUUGUAUAUUUUUUGGGGUUUAUUUAAACAUCUAGAGAACACGAUUCCCGAAUGGAUUCUACACAGUCAGCACAAAGGCCUGCAAGACGGCAACGCUGCACAAAUGCGUUUCACAGUUGUACAGGGAAAUUCUUUGGCACACUUGCCUAUAAUUUUGCAAUCCGUCCGUGGACUACUGUUAUUAUUGUUUUAAUAAUCGUUGGAGGACUAGCUUGUGGACUUUUCCGCCUCAAUGUAGAAAACCGAACUGAGAAACUUUACAUUCCUCAACACAGUAAGGCGAUUCAAGAUCUCAACAAAGCGUCCUACUAUUUCCCAUCCUUAAAUUACAGAGAUGAGUUACUACUUUUUGAAGAAAAAGAUGGAGGGAACAUUCUUUCUGAAGAGUGUCUUCGAGAUAUUUUAACAGUUCACCAAGCCGUAGUGGAGUUGCCGAUGUUCUCAUCUUUAUGUUUACAUAGAAGAGGCAUGAUAAAAUCUGAAAACGGUACGAAACAUUGCGUGAUGUACAACCCCUUAGAAAUUUUCAAUUUUGAUGCUGACAGUCUGGUAAAUAUAACUCAAACGAUAAGAAAUGCUAUAAGGGAUAAACCCUUGAUGCAAAGUGAUAGACCAGUUGCAAUGACACUUCCACAAAUUUUCUCUCGCAUGACAGAGGAUCCAAAUGGUAAGAUAAGUGCAAGCGCCGCACAGAUCAGUUAUAGAAUGCAGGUUCCAGUUGCCGAAAACCAGGAGAGAGAGUUGCUAGAAUUUGAAAUGGCAUUUUUAAGAAAAGUAGAAAAUCUACGAGCACAACUUCCCCGCGUGAAAAUUUUUUACACCGCGGAAAGAAGCCUGGACGACGCGAUAUCGGAGAGCACUGGCCAAGACGUCAAGUUUGUCUCGCUAACUUUUACUAUAAUGAUCACGUUCGCGUGUACCAUGCUGGGUAGGUGUGAUAACCCCCUUAUGGGGCAUUCCCUUCUCGCUAGAGGCGGGAUACUCGCAGUAGCUCUCGGGAUUCUCGCGGGAUUUGGACUUGCUAUGGCUGUAGGAACACCGUUUAUAAGUCUAGCAGGUGUUCUGCCCUUCCUGAUUUUAGGAAUUGGCAUUGACGAUAUGUUUAUCAUUAUUAAUGAGAUGGAUCGACAAGACAAUUCCUUGUCGGUAGUCGACACAAUCAAAACAGUGAUGGCCAAUUCCGGUAUGACUGUUACUAUGACAACCGUCACAGACCUCGUUGCGUUUGCCGUCAGCACGUCCACAGCCUUCCCAUCUAUCAGAUACUUUUGUAUAUACGCAUCACUUGCAGUAACGUUCUCUUAUAUCAUGACUAUCACGUUAUUUGUCGCCAUGGCAACAUUCGACGUCCGUAGAAUAAAAAGUAAUCGUCGAGACUUUUGUCCGCAACGUUUGGCACCUCCACCUAAGCAAGGCCACCCACCAUGGGACCAGCCUAUUCCUGGAAAAGCAAGUAUGGUUAUGAAGAAGUACGCCCAGUUCCUCAUGCGGGCUCCUAUACGCGUUGUGGUGGUGGUAAUAUCUAUAGCAGUUCUCGGAGUGGGUAUUUGGGGCGCUAUGAAUAUUAGUCAGCGAUUUGAUAGGAAACUUUUAGCAAAAGAUAAUUCCUACUUCAAGGAAUUCCUAACAGCUCAAGAAAAGCAUUUUGAAAUAAAGUUGGAGGUCAGUAUUAUUGUCGAUAAAGCGUUGGAUUACGAAACAACUCUUGUACAAAAAGAAAUCCAAAGGAUUUCUCAAAUCUCAUCAAGUAACGAACAUUACACCAAUAAGUCUAUCAACUGGAUGAGAAGCUUUGCUGAGUUUGUAAAUAAAACAAACAUGGACAUUAAAGGAAAACCAAAUUUUAUGGCUGGGCUGCAGGCAUUUCUUAAUUUCCCAACAUUUACACAUCACAGGGGUGAUGUCGUCCUAGCUCAGGAUAACAACAGUAUCGAGGCGUCUCGUGUGUUAUGCUUCAUGGAGGAUUCAUCUAACUCGAUCUUCCAGCGCGACGCAAUGUUGACACUCAGGAAGGACUUGGACGAUUACGAUGCGGGACUUCAUUCAUAUCCCGUAUCUAGGUUUUUCAUCUUCUUUGAACAGUACGCCAUUAUUCAAAGUGAGACGAUAAGAAACCUUGUAAUCGCCUCUGUCACCGUCCUUCUCAUCACGUGGUCUUUCCUGCUUAGCAUCAGCGUCACUAUUUUAGUCUUUCUCGGCUUCUCCGCCCUUAUCGUCGAGCUGUUCGCCCUGAUGGCCGUGUGGAACGUGACUCUGAACACCAUCUCCAUGAUCAACCUCGUCAUGGCCAUCGGUUUCUCUGUAGACUACAGCGCACAUAUUGCGCAUGCGUUCGUGACGUCAUCUGAGCCGACAGCGGAGUUACGCGUUGUGCAUGCGCUGAGCACGUUGGGCACGAGUGUUCUGAUGGGAGGCAUAAGUACAUUCCUCGGCAUGGUCAUAAUAGCUGCGUCAUCUUCGGAGAUUUUCCGGAUAUUCUUCCGGAUGUUCCUCGGGAUCGUGUUAUUCGGCCUGGUUCAUGGCCUCGUCUUUCUACCAGUGUAUCUCUCGCUUUUUUGCCGCUGGGAUGCUACUCCGAAGGUUUAUUCUACCAAGCCCAAAACACAAACCGGAAACAAAGCGCCAGUAUUAUCUUACGAACAGGAUGUCGAGAUGGAGACAGCUAACGAACAGCAUACCACUGAAUGCUUGACACAAGCGCCUGUUUUAUCACUCGAGAAGAAUGCCCAGAUAGAACCUUCUAACGGACAGAACACGAAUGAAUGCGUGAGAGUAUUUUAAGUAAUGCUAAGUGUAAGAACUAGGCAACCCAACGGCAAAUGCACGCUGGCAUGUCAAAAAUGCCUUUGUUUAUUCUAGAAAUUUGAUUGGCCAAGACAAAACACUAUAGCAUAAGAUACAGAUAACACAACGUGAUUCAUAAUAUUUUUUUAAAUAUUUUGGUUAAUUGUCAACGCAUUGAGAUGUAAGCAAAAAGCGUCCAAAGAACUGUUGUUAUUUUUAUUAUAAUUCCUAUGUCUGAUCCAGCUUGCAGUGUUUUCCCUUCCAUGGUACAUUUUCAGCCUUACCUUGUGUGAAAUUUAUCCCCGAACGUACGCAAAUAAAAACAAAAAGUUGAGAAAUUCCA